CAACUUACAACACUACUUUUCGAUUCUAUUAAUUAUAUUCGAUAAAAUGCGCCAACUAUUAAUCUAUGGCUGAAAGACCAGAAGAUUUAAAUUUACCUAGCACUGUCGUGAGUCGUAUUAUCAAAGAAUCUCUUCCAGAUGGAGUCACAAUAUCAAAAGAAGCGCGAAUUGCUAUUUCAAAAGCAGCAAGUGUUUUUAUUUUAUAUGCCUCAUCAACUGCUAAUUCCUAUGCAACGGAAGCAAAAAGAAAAACUCUUACAGCUAAUGAUGUAUUAUGUGCAAUUGAGGAAAUGAGUUUUGAUAUGUUUUUGGACCCUUUAAAAAUAUCUCUAGAAGCUUUUAGAGCAAAGAAAAAUUCAAAAAAGCAUUCUAAUACUAAUAUACAAGAAAAUACAUCUAACAUUAUUAAGGAUUUAAAUGAUAAUAAUGACAAUGCACCAUCAACAUCGGAUAUUAUGAAAUGAGGAAUCACUGUAUUAUGUUAAUUCUUUUAGCAUCAUAAAGAUUUUAUUCAAUUAGCAUUAUAUUAAUAUUGUGAUGUACAAUUUUUAAUCAUAAUAUUUA